CGCCUUAUUCCUCGGACAUAUAACUUCGCUGAACUAGGGUUUUUGGCUUUCACGUCCCAUUCUGCUAGUUCGGAACCAGAAGAGCCGGCUCCGUAGCUUCGCCGACAAUGGGUCCCAAGAAAGGUGGCAAAGCUCCUGUUGCGGCCAAAAAGAAGCAGGAGAAGGUGACGAAUCCUUUGUUUGAGAAGCGACCGAAGCAGUUUGGAAUUGGAGGUGCUCUGCCUCCGAAGAGGGACUUGACACGGUUCGUUAAGUUCCCUAAGACUGUUCAGAUUCAGCGGAAGAGGAGAAUUUUGAAACAGAGGUUGAAGGUUCCACCAGCUUUGAACCAGUUCACCAAGACCCUCGACAAGAACUUGGCCACGAGCCUGUUCAAAAUGCUUCUCAAGUAUAGGCCUGAGGACAAAGCAGCAAAAAAGGAGCGGCUCUUGAAGAAGGCCCAGGUUGAAGCAGAAGGGAAGUCGGUUGAGGCUAAGAAGCCCAUUGUUGUGAAAUAUGGUCUUAACCAUGUUACUUACCUUAUUGAGCAGAACAAGGCUCAGUUGGUAGUCAUUGCACAUGACGUGGACCCAAUAGAGUUGGUUGUCUGGCUUCCAGCAUUAUGCAGGAAGAUGGAAAUUCCAUACUGCAUCGUGAAGGGAAAGGCACGCUUGGGAACGAUUGUUCAUAAGAAAACUGCAUCCGUUUUGUGUUUGACCACCGUAAAAAAUGAAGACAAAUUGGAGUUCAGCAAAAUCUUGGAGGCCAUCAAGGCAAACUUCAACGACAAGUAUGAUGAAUACAGGAAGAAGUGGGGCGGCGGGAUCAUGGGAUCUAAAUCACAGGCCAAAACCAAGGCUAAAGAGAGGGUUCUUGCCAAGGAAGCUGCUCAGAGAAUGACCUAGGAGUAUUCGAAAAUGUGUUUCCUUUUGUUUUAGAGUAUUGUCAUUUGAGGCCGAUAUUUGUGUUCAUUUUUGUCUUGCUCCUUUCUGGCACUUCGCAUCAAACUUUUCCUUCCAAAGUGAGAUCACAAUUUUAAAGUUUUGGGCAACUGCUGUUGAA